UCACCAACGUAAAGGAGGAAGUGGAAAAAUGAUAGGCCUAUUUGUGAGGAAGAAAACAAACAUCAUUUCAAACUCUGUUCUGUGUCCAGUCAGAAAGUUGUUCUUGCUAGUGUGUGUCCUGAUGACAAGCUAUGCCUAUGCCACUAUAUCGAUCCAAGUUACCGACAGUGUUAACAUAUAUGGAAAGACAGACAUCGACAUUCUUUGUAUUGUCAAUGGAACAUCACUUGAAAACAUUGAUGGUAUCCAGCUGAAGAAAUCAAAUGCAAGCAUUGUGUCAAUUUCAUACUUUGGUAUUAUUUGGCAAGAUAAGGUUUUAGAGACUCGAAGCAAGAUAAAUGCCUCCAUAAAAAAUGUCCAGUCAUCAUACCUGCAUCUGACAAUUUUAGCUUGUAAUGUUGAGCGAGGGGAUGAUGCAAUCUACUUUUGUGACCUCAGUGCCACCAGAGAAGAUAUUACCCCAUACCAGUCGAGAUCUGAACAAAUAUCUUUGAAUAUAACGGGUUCUGUUGAUGGGAAGACAGAUAAAUGUGGUCCAUCUAGUCACGCAACAUUUGUUGAAGGGUCAGGGUUUGUAUUGAUGCUUUUUGCCAUAGUAUUUCAAGUACUGAAUUAACGUUCGAUGAGGAUUAUGCUGAAUGAAGUUGUGGGGAUGUCAAAGACAUGCAAAUUACAUUCGUUUCUUAUGAAAUAUAAUAUACAUUAAGGAUUUCUAUUAUUCAAUCUCAACCACCAACUCCAAAACGAUUUCUUAGUGACACGUUUCCUUGCUGGAUAUGAUGAACGAAAUACCAUCUGUAUGGGAAAGAACGCUUGUCAAAUGUGCUGCAACGAGGAUGUAAAAAAUAUCAAGACAAAUCAUGUAAUACAGAUACUAAUCUUACAAUUAUUCGAAGAUGUGGAUUUGUGGUUUUUAAGAACUACAUUCUCAAACGUAAUAGCAUACAAUCCUUUAUAUCAACUUUUGUUUUAUUUAUACAAUUAUUUUCAUAAUAUGAUCUAUAACGAUUUUAAACAUGUUAUAUGUGAUAAAGUUUAUUUUUAAUGAGGCCUGCAUUUUGUAACAAUCGCUAAAAAGAACAAACUAUUAGAUUUUCUUGAAACUUUGCAAAUAAACAAGAGUUUGUGUAUAUUACAUAUACUCGUAGUAAAAAAAAUAAGAGUUUUGCUAUUUUAGUUUUUUUUACGCAAGAAACCUAAAUCGACCUGCUUAAAUAAAGCAGUUUAUGUUAAGCAAAUAUACUGGCAAGUUAUUUUUUUUAUUUAAAGCUAAAAGAUCAAGUGAGAUUUUCUUAUCAUUUUUUGUCAUUCAUCCGUCUGUAUGUCCAUUUGUCUAUCUGUCCGAAAACUUUAUAUAUUUUUUACUAAAUUUUUCUCCAGAAAUACUAGGCUCAUUCCAACUAAGCUUGACAGAAAGAAUUACUAGGGAAAGAGAAUUCAAGUUUUUUAAAAUGAAGGGCCAUGCCGUUUUUUAAGGGAAAUAAUAAAAAAUUAUUGAAAGUAGUUGGUAAUUAAAAAAAAUCUUAUUCUAAAAAGCUGUAAAUUGUGUGGAAUCACAAUUAGGUAAAAUAGAUUCAGGUUUGUUGAAAUCAUGAUCCCUUGAGUUAGGAUGGGGUCAUAAUAAGGUGGUCAAUUUUUUACAUGGGAAUAUAUAAACACAAAUCUUUAAACCAUAUAAAAACCAUUUGCUUUUGAAAGCUGUACCUUUGGUAAAAACAACCUCAGAUAAUGUACAUUAAGUGUGUCAAAAUCAAAAUCUUAAAGAGUAGGAUUUGACAACGUUUAGGGGCAAACUUUUUAACCAAUGCCGAAUGGGGAAAAUGUUCAAUAAGUUUCAAAAAUCCACAUGUUAUAACAUAUAGUUUUACUUUUAUGUAGACAUUUUGUUAAUUCUUAAUUGAUUAGACAGUUGCCCCAGAACAAUUCUUGGAUCCCACAAGGGCUUCAAAAUUGAUGUUAACUUGAUAUAUAAAUAUCAAAUCAGUUGUACGUUGUGAGAAUUGCAAUUUUAAUAUGUGAUAUUAAUAGAAAAUCAUCAUGUUACAAAAAGGACGUUGAUGUUUAAAAUAAGAAUACCCAGGGGGGCGGGGGGUCGGGCGAUGUGGUCCAUAGGUCUCUCUUGUAGUGUUUCUUACAUAUGCACUAGUUAUAGCAGUUUUGUGGCUGGGAGACCCUUUUGUUCUAUACUUCUGUAUUUUGUGUUUCUAGUCAACUGUCGGUGGGUCGUCCAGUCACCAUUGUAUAUCCUUUUUUAUAGUUCUAUAGCAUGUCUACUAGUUAUUGUAUUUUUGUGGCUGAAAACCUCUUUUUGUUCUAUACUAAUUUGUUAAUCUAGUCAACUGUUUUUUAAACAACAACAAAAUGAUGUUUUGUAUUACUGAUUUGUUAACACUUUUAUUAUGUCUUAUCUCUGUAUAUUUUGAAUGUCACUGUUUUACUUAUACAUCACAAACUCGUGUUAAAGCUGACCUGAAAUCAUAAAUAUGCAUUAUUUCCCUUUUAUCUCCGACUACCGCCAUAUUAGUUGCCUAUUUCUAUUGUUCUGUUCAUCGCUACACACCCACUAUAGAAGGCAGUAUUCAUGAUUUAUCGCAUUCAAGAUGUCCGGCCACCAAUCGAUCAUUGUAGGAUGAAGAUUGUCGAAUGUUUGUCUGAUUUCCGGCCGGUAAUCGAUGUUACGGCGGUCAUUGAAAAAUUCCUUAAAGAGUCGCUCACCGUAAUAUCAUCAGUGGGAGUAUGCACGUCAUCUGUACUUAUUCAUGUUUAAAAACAUUGUGUAGUUUAUGCAUUUAGAGUCUGUGCAACCUGAAUGCCUUGAUUGAAAAGCAAUCGAUUAUAACUUUCUCGACCGGUAUAUAUACCUCAGUGGCGGUUGAGAAGUGAUCGAAACUAAUAUGGCGACCAAAUGCUUUUAUAAAUUAAUGUAAGCUUUAAGGUAUAUAUUUGAACAUUCUUGUCAAAUAAAAACUGUUAACGUGUGUUGACUUGUUUGAAUUUUUUUGAGCAUGUGCAUCAGGGCGUGAAAUCAGGCGUGACAUUCAUAUUUUACAUAUUUUAUUGUCUGAAUUAUAAAUGUAUUUUUAUGUAAAAAACGUAAUAUGUCGUUUUUAGUGUCUCAUAAGUAAUGUUUCUUAACGAAAUUUUAUUUGCUACAUAACUAUUUUUAGUUCUUU